GGAGCCAAGUGCGCGCGCCCCUCCCGCCUUUUCCAGGAUCCCCGGCGCCGGAGGGAGCGGAGCCUCUCCUUCCUCCUUCCCUCGGGCCCAUGCCACCCUCCCCUGGCAGGAGGGACACUUUCGCCCCUGGCUGAGGGAGAAAGAAGAGGAGGGGAGGAUGAAGAAGAUGAAGAAGAUGCUGGGGCUGGGGAGGAAACGGAGGGAGCCGCCGGAGCCCUUUCCUCUGGGCCAGGCGGGGGCGGGCUCGGGUCUGGGCCUCGCGGGAGGCGCCUAUAAGGUCCGGAGCAAAGAGCUGCCCAGGCUGCACCGGGCAGCCGCCGAAGGAGACCUGGCUGAAGUGCGGCAGCUCCUGCAAAAGCAGCACGACCCCAACGAGAGGGACAAGAGUGACAGAACACCUUUGCAUUUUGCUUGCGCCAAUGGAUGUAUAGAUGUUGUUACUUUCUUAGUAGACAACAAAGGCCAGCUAGAUCUCUACGACAGUGAUAAGCGAUCUCCAUUAAUGAAGGCUGUGCAGUGCCAGCAAGAAUUAUGUGCAAUUUACCUGCUUGAGCAUGGAGCAGAUCCUAAUCUUGUGGAUGCAUACAAUAACACUGCCCUCCACUUUGCUGCCUUUAAUUCUAGCAUAUCAAUAGCAAAACAUCUCCUUGAACAUAAAGCCAAUGUUGAAGCACAGAAUAAGGAUGGGAACACACCUUUGAUUGUGGCUGUAACUGAAAAUAAUCGAGAAAUGGUAGAGUUUCUUCUUAAAAAAGGAGCAUCUGUGCAUGCCACUGAUAAGUCAGGAAGAACUCCGUUGUUGAUUGCUACGACUAAUAAAAAACGUGAUUUAACAAAUAUUCUCCUCUUUCAUGGGUCAGAUGUUUCCCAUAAAGAUGAAAGCGGAUGGUCAGCACGGGAUUAUGCUCUGCUUAGUGAUGAUCCUAUUCUUCUUCAAUAUAUCGCUGACUAUUCCAGGCAGAGAGAUAAAGAAGAGGAGUCUCUUGAUGAGCCAAAUGUUCUGUCUAUAUUGAGCGGUUCAGGCAAAAUGAAAAAUGCUGCUAUAACCCUGGGUGCUCCUGCUACUAAUAGAGAAGUUAUAGACGACCAUUCUUCUGGAGACUCAGUAAGAGAUACAGGACAAAUGUAUGAUGACACAUGGCAAUCUUCAGAAGAGGAAGAAUUGGACUUCAGCCCUAAGAAAUUACAAAAACCAAGUUUGGCUCACCUAAUGAAUGUUUCUCAGCAACUGAAGAAAAGCUUAGAUAUGAAAAGUAGCAUUAUGAGAACAGAACAUAUAGAAAUUAAAUCAGAUUGUGAAGCUGGAGAUGGCAAUGAAUCCCUUCCUAAGCCUUUGUUCCAAGUCAAAUCCUUCCCUCAGCCUAGCCAUUCCUCACCUGGCUCCUUUUCCAAAUGCUCCCAGAUGGUGGCUCACUUGAGCUCUAAGCAGGAUGAAUCUUCAGAAGAAGAAGAGGAGGAGGAGGAAGAAGAGGAAGAGGAGGAGGAUAGUGAAGAGGAAGAUGGGAAAAUUUCAGAUAAAAAAAUGCCUUGUAAUGAAAGUUCUCAAAAUUGGAAUUCUUCACAAGAUGGUGCCAUUAGGAAUGUUACAGCAGUAGUAGGCAUGCAUAAAGAAGACCAGGACAGGGGUACAGAAUCUCCAUGGGAUUCUGAGUGUAUUACCGAAAGCCCCAGAAAGUCAGCUGUCAGUUCCUUGCCAGCAUCACCUGCCAAAAAUGGGACAUACAUGCACAGUAUUACAGAAGAGCCAUGUGACAGGAAUUCAAAGAAUAUAAAGCUAGAAACUGCUACCACAGUUCUGCAACAUGCUACUUCUUCUCAUCCUUUAAAUCAGAUAGAGAGCAAAGAAAAGCAAAAAUCAGAUUUAAUGGAAGAACUUGGUUUAAAUGAUGCAGAUGAUAUUGAAGAUGCAUCUGACUGGGAUUCUACCAGCCUGUCACUUAAGAGUGUUCCUUACGCUAAAUCCUAUCACAUCUUUACGGUGGGAGAACAUAGAUCUCCUUUACAAUUAGCAAAAGCUGCUGGUGUAACUGAAACUCAUGUUCCUUCAAGAGCAGAAAGUGAUGUUCUGAAAGUUGCAUCAAAAGGCCAGCAGUAUGAUGAACAAAAUGACAAUGGAGAACUGGAAGAGGAUGAAAACAAGGAAAAAAGCAUAUUAGAUACACACAACUCCCUAAAAAGUUUGUCACCUGAAACAGAGACUGACAAGGCAGAGAUUCCAUAUGCUUGUGAUGAAAAGAAAAUUGGAGCAGUAAAUCACAAUGUGGAACCAGACAAUGAAAGCAGUCAUUUUGAUUCGGCACUUUGGGAAGAAAGAUAUGAAAAAAUGUGGGUUGCAAAUGAAAAAAAGGAAGUCAAAUCUCAUUUUAAGACAAUUACAGCAGAACUAAAGCAGAUGUUUGGUGAAAUCAAUAUAAUGGAGAAUAAAAGUAAGUCUGGGGUUGAAGGACAAUUGCAAGAUGGCCCCAAUGGUUUCUCAGAGGAUAUAAAAGAAUCAUCACCAUCUCAUCUGUCCAGAGCUGCAGUUGAUAUACCAGGAAAUGAGGAUAUUAGACUGUUACAGCCUGUUAUUGCAGAAAAAGAAAUAAAUACCGGAAACUCCAUUUUAUGCUCUAAAAAUUCUGUUUCUCAAGAGCUAUUUUUUGAAAUGUGUGAAAAUAAAAGACAUAAUGUCAAACAAAAUCUAAAAACACAUGAGGUAUUGCCUAAUAAUGCAGAAGAAAUGGGAACAAAUGUAGAUGAAAAAGAUGACACUAAAUGUAUACAACUGGAAAACAAUAUGAGUAGGAAUGCCAUAGCUUCAGAAAUAAUUCCAGAUUCUUCUUCAGUGAACAGUUGUAGAGACACUUCAAGUACAUUUUGUAAAACACCCGUUUUAAAACACCCAACUGGCGAUCAUGAGACUACAAAUGGGGAAAAUGAAGACUCUCUGCACUAUUUUAAUAAUGGUGUCAGAAGUUGUAAAUGUUUUGAUACUGAGUUUGGAAACCAAGUGAAAAAGUCUGUACAAACUUGCUGUCAAACAUCAAAACAACAGCUGGAUGAAGAAUUAGAACGUGAUGUUGCAAGAUUUAAGAAUGAGGUAGGAAUGCUGCAGGUAGUGUUCCUGGCUUUGGAAAGAGAAAAGGCCCAGCUGCAAAAAGAGGUUGAGGAAGAAAAAAGAAAGCAGGGAUUGGAAGCUGACGGGGGAAAAGCAGCUGCAAAUACUGGACAAAAGGUGGAUGUAGAAACUGAACAGAAAAUAGAGCAGAUGCCUACAGUAAAUGAAAACCAGUAUAUUAGAACAGAAGGACAGAAAAAGACAGAAAAAAGCCAGGUUAUAAAUAGGAUUUUCUCACCAGACCGAGAGCGAUUUAUGCAAAUUUCUUCUCAGAGGAAAAAUCCUGUUGCCAGUGCAAAGGAAGUAAGAAAAGGUGGAAAUAAAAGACCAAUUUUAAAGCAAAGAGUUGAUCAGGAGGUCACUGGCAAACUUCGUCAAUUACAGGAUGACAGCAGUUUGAGUGAAGCAUCUCUGGAAGAUGAAGGGGAUGUAGCCAAAACUGUGAAUGAAAAGAAAAAGCUCCAAAGAGGAAUUGUUAUUACGCAUGAUUUUGAUGACUCAACACAGUCUUCAGAUACAACUACAGAGGAUAAUGAAUUGUCUGCUUUCGUCACAAGAGAAGCUGUGAUGUUGAUGGAACAACUUAAUUUGGAUAAUAAAGAUUCUGUAGACCUCCUAAAACUUCAAAAUAUUUUCCAUGAAUAUGAACGUUUAAUUGAACAUGAAAAGGGAUGCUAUACUCAUCUCCGUGGGAAAGUUAAAAAACUUGAGAAUGAGAAAAAAGAGCAGAAGCGAAUACUGGAAGAAAUGAGAGACAUGAAAUCUGUGCUGGAUCAACAGCAACUAGAACGAGAAAGUGAUAUCAGCAGCCUCAAGUUUUCUUUGAAACAAGAGGAGGAAAAGAGAAUGACUGCUGAAAUGUUGUAUGAAAAAAUCCAAGAACAGUCCAGGAAUAAAGAGGAGCAAUACUGUAAACAAAUGGAGGAAAAACAACAGCUUGAGUUAAUGCUGAGAAGUUCUGAAAUGGAGUUGAGAACACUGAAAAAUCAUCUGAAACAGGUUGAAGAAGAACGCAAUGAUAUACAGCAACAACUUUGCCAAGAACAAAAGGCCAGAUUUCUGCAAGAAGGUAUUUUGAAUACUCACCUCUGGAGGCAGAAAGAGUUAGAAGAAGAAUCGAAAAAAGUAACAGCAAAGCACUUAGAGAUGAGUGAUAAUCAUGACCAAGAAAAGGAACUGUUGCACCAAAAUCAAAUCCUCCAAGAUGAGCUUUCUGUAUUACGAUUAGAGCUUGACCGCAUAAGAAUUCAGCAUCAGGAGGAAGAAAGUAAAUAUUUAGAAGAAAAUGAAGCUUUGAAAGAAAAAAUAGAAGAACUUAAAAAAGAACUGAAACUGAAUGAAGAUGCUUUGACUCAAACGGUUUUCCAGUGUAAUGGACAAAUAAAUAUAUCAAAAACAGAGGCUGCAAUGCUAACAACCAAACUAGAACAUAUUAAGGAACAUAAAGAAAGACUAGAAAUGGAAAUAGAUUCAUUCCGUUCUCGUUUGACUUCUACUGUUCAGGAACUUGAACGGUGCCAGUUAGCAAAAAACGAUGCUGAACGAGUGCUGCAACGAGAGCGGGAUGAGUGGAUUCAUUUAAAGGACAAACUCAAUCAUGAUAUAUGUACUCUAAGAGAAACUAGCAAUACCAUGUCUCAACAGUUAAGUAAAUCUGAAAGUAAAGCUAAUGGUCUAGAAAAUGAACUCCACCAUGUAACACACUCUCUCAGAGAAAAGACCUUGCUCUUAGAAAGUUGUCAAAGAGAUUUGAACCAGGCCCAAUGCCAAGUGAAAGAACUUGAAAAUGCACGACAAGCUGAAAAGGAUCAAAUGAACAAAUACAUUGUAAAACACGAUUCUAUGCAGGAACGAUUGGCACAGCUCCAGAGUGAAAAUCUUUUACUUCGACAACAGUUGGAAGAUUUUCAAAAUAAGAGUAUUAUCAAAGAAAAAGUAGUUACUGACGUCCAAGAUCGAUUCAAUGAUAUUUUUACUAAACUCAGAGGUGAUACUGAAAAGCAAGUGCAGCUGAUGGAAGAGAGAAAUAAAGAAUUAGUUACAAAAUGUGAUAAUCUAAGAGAACAAAUUCUUAAAUAUGAAGCAGAAAAGGUUGAUAGAGAGGGUACCAUAAGGCAACUACAACAAGAACUUGCAGAUUCUCUUAAAAAGCAGUCCAUGACAGAAGCUUCACUAGAAGUUUCAACACGUUAUCGUAUUGAUUUAGAAGAGGAUAAACAACAAUAUCAAAAGGAAAUAGAGAGGAUAAAAUCCAAGCUGCAAGAGUCAGAAGAACAGUAUUUUCAGUCGGAAAGAUGUGCACAUAACUUAAAAAAUGCUUUGGAUGCUAAGGAACACGAAGCAAUUGUGGCGGCUCAGAAAUUAAAAGACCUACUGGUGGCAUCAUCAGGUGCAAAUAAUGCUAUAAAACAAUUAGAAGAGCAUGUACAGAGACUUGAAAUAGAAAAUGCCAGAUUGGAAGCAACCACCAACCAACAGACCAAUAGAAUUGAGAUACUUCAGAAAGAUAUGCACAGUAAUGCCUCUGCUCACAAUAAUCUUGAGGAACUGAUAAUUGGUCUGCAAACAGCAAAAAUCAAUUUGGAAGAGCAACUAAAUCAACAGGUACAGAAGCAAACUAUGCUCUCAGCAACUGCACAAGAUACUCAUAAUUUGUGGGAAGAGGAGCUGAAGUCAAGAUCAAAACUUGGGGUUCGCCUUUCUGAACUUGACAGGGAAAAGGCAGAGCUAACAGCUCAGUUGGAGAAUGAAAGGAAAAAAGUGAAGAAGAUAGUAGAGUUAAAACAUUCAGUGGAUAUACGACUAGAUCAAGAAAUGAAGAGAAACAGUGAAUUACAAAAAGAAUGCAAUGGGAUUAAAAAACUUCUGAAAACAACCAAAAAGAAACUUAAAGAGUAUGAGAGUGGAGAGAGUUCAUCUCAGUCUAACUUUCAUGGAGAAAUAAAGAAGAGAUAUUCAGAUAUUGACAUCGAAGUUGGAAAGUUGAGAGCAAAGGUAGAUGAACUUUCUCACAAUUUGGAAGCAGAGUCAAAAAGAUGCACCCACUUGGAAUCUAGAAAUCAUGAAUUGCAUGAACACUUGUCUUCUAUGAAGAUACUUCAAAAAAAUCAUGAGAAAUUGGAGAAAAGCAAACAGCAGCUAGAAGAAGAAGUUGCUAAUCUCAAACACCGCAUACAGGGUAAUGCGAUAGACCACAACCAAGUGGAACAAUACAAGAAAGAUAUUGAAGAGCGAGCUAGACAAGAUGUAAGACAAAAACUGGAAGAAGUCAAUUUGUUUUUGCAGACACAGGCAGCCUCACAAGAAACCUUGGAACAAAUACGAGCCACCAAUUAUUCUUCCUUGAAAAAUCAGCUCGAAAACAGAAUUAGAGAUUUAGAGUCUGAGUUGACAAAACUUAAAAACAGUCAGCAAGACAAUGGGUUACAGAAACACUCAACACAUACAGAACUGGAAAGAUAUAAGGAGCUAUACUCAGAAGAACUAAAAAUGAGAAAGUCUUUAAGAAGCAAAUUGGAUCGAUCUAGUGAGAAAUUGGCAGAAGCCAAUGCCAAACUCUUUUAUGAACGCAACAGGAGCAGAUCAUUACUUGCCAACAGCUUUUUAGGUGGAAGCCUUUCGACAAGCCCUGUCUUGGAAACAGUUCAGUUUGGAAAUCUUGGCUGCAAUUUAGCAUUAACUAGACCUCUUAGCCUUGGAGGAGAAUUUAUGAACCCAACCGGAAGUCCGUUAACCUCAAAAAACAGAGUGGAGGCUUACUUGGAAAAGAUGCAGAUGGAAUUGGAAAAAAACAUUGCCAAGGAAUUAGACCAAGCAAAUGCUGAACUUGAUACUGGGUCACUUCGAGUCUCCCCAAUAGGAUCAGUGGGUGGAUCUUCAAAAAACCUAAAUGCAGAUCAAGAUCAAGUAUCCAAGGCAAAACAGCAGUAUCUUGAUGUUUUAAAGAAAAAUUAUAUGAUUUGAAUGAACUUUAAUGAAAACUUGCUAAUGUGGGUUUGCUACAUUACUUUAUAAUGGAGGGAAUGAACCAAAUGUGAAUUUUAUAUAGUUUUGAAUUACGUUGUAAACAUAUCAUGCACAUGGCACUUAUAUCUGGAAAUAUUUUGCAUAAAUGGUAUUUUUCCUAUUUGUAAUGGAAGCCAUAUUUCUUUUUUUAACAUGUAAUACACUAGCCUUUAUAUGUUGAUGGUAUCUGUUCUGAAUAGCUGAAGUCCUGUCUUGUUAUAUAUUGAUAUAAAUUCAAAGUAUUUUUAUGAAAAAAUUAGCGUAAUUUGGUACUUUGUACUUUUAAAAUGUGUUUCAGUAUUGACAGAAAGUAUUUGAAAUGCUUCUCUGAUAUAUUUGCUUUGUUGUACUUUCUUCACCCCACUGACUUUGAACUUUUCUGACCUUGUCUAUAGUUGUUUGGCAUAGUUUGGGUAUACAUCAUUUGAAGUUCAAUAUUAUUGUUAUGAAUGCAGUGUUUAGGUACGCCAUGCCACCAGCAGAACAAAGAGACUUGCAGUUUGUAAUUUUAAAAGGUACAUAAAGUGCAUUCCAGUUUGAUUGAAUACUACCAGGGUACUUGGAGCUCUUGGUAUAUUGUUCUGAGUUAGUAGUAACAGGCCUUCUACCUCUAUUUUUUUAUUUCCCAAGAACAGUCAACUGUAAUCAGGUGACUUCUAGUUGGAAAAAUCAAUGUUUCAGUGAUCUAGUCAAUUCAGAGUUAGUAAAUUGCUUAUCAAUUCUUGAUUAUUUUGGAUGAGCAAUAAAAGUUGUAAGUAGCUAUGAAACUUCAAUUCAUCUUACAUAAUAGUCAGCACAGUGCCUCACAGGCUAUAUCCAAAACUAUUUAUGUUUCUGUAAUACAGCAUCUACUGAUACACAGAUGGGACACAUGUCGCUCUCCAAAUCUUUAAAGGUACUUCCUGCUAAUAUUGAGGGAUGGUGGAAGCUGAAGUUUAACAUCUGGAGUACUGUAUUUCCUCUCUCUGCAAUUAGAAUAGACUCCUCUUCCCUGUAAUUCUCAGUAUAUGCUCCAGAGAAUUUGGGAAAUCCUCAGAAGUGAAUGGGAAGUUCUUGCGCAAGUGGUGGAUUAUAAACCCAUGUUUUUUGCCCUAAAUAUGCUGGUACAUUUUAAGGUAUUUGAUAGCGACUGCUAAAUGUGAAUUGCUACUAGCCCACCUUUUCUUUUUUGGAAGAAACACAAACAUGUUAUUUAUUUGUAUACUGUAUGUAAAUGUAGCUUUAUUUUAAUAAAUUUUUAUAAAUGUUUAAAUAUA